AUUUAUAUGUGCUUUAGGGAAAUUUUACAUGAGAUAUUAAAUAGUUAAAUAUACGUUAUAAAUACAGUCGAAAAUUUUAAAAAGUUUGCAAAGUAUAUCACUGUCACAGUUAAAGAAUUUCGGAAAUACGUAACAAGUAAUCUUCUUCAGCAUAGAAAAAUCCCUGUUGGCAAAUAAUGACCGUAAUGUGAGGAUGAAUGAUAUGUUUGAAUCAUUUUCUUAGUUUAACUUUAGCAGACAAUAUUUUAACAUCUGAAUGUUCACUAUCAAAGAGUUAUGGGUACAAUAGAGAUCACAUUUCCGUUUGGUGGACAACCAGCGAAAAUAUUAAAAUGGAGGGUCCGAAUGGAUGCAAUGGUUUCAGCUGGCAGAAUAUUGUUUUUAUAUCAAAAUAUAACGCCUGGAACAGAAGAUGGCAAGGGUCCUGAGAAAAAGUUUCGAGCCACACGAUUUGGACGUGUCACGAAACUUUUGGCAAAAGAAGGAGAUAUUGUUCAGCCUGGGCAAUUGAUAAUGACAUUAGAAGGAUGUCGACAUCCUACUGUAAUGAAGGAUUUAUGUGCUGAAUGUGGUGUAGAUUUAAGGGUUGAAGGAAUUGGUAAAGAGAGUGAAAGUACAAAAAUAUCGCAAGCCAGUGUACCAAUGGUACAUAGUGUGCCAGAAUUAAAAGUAUGCCCAGAAUUAGCUGAAAAGAUUGGGAAAGAGGAUGAACAACGUCUUUUAAGUGAUCGCAAGUUAGCGUUACUUGUUGAUCUUGAUCAAACAAUUGUCCAUACUACAAAUGAUAAUGUUCCUCCUAAUAUGAAGGAUGUUUAUCACUAUCAACUUUAUGGACCAAAUUCCCCAUGGUAUCAUACACGUUUAAGGCCUAAUACUCGGCACUUUCUCUCUGAAAUGAGUCGUUUAUAUGAAUUACAUAUAUGUACAUUUGGAGCAAGAAAUUACGCGCAUACUGUAGCUGCAUUAUUAGACAAAGAUGGAGUUUUAUUCUCUCAUAGAAUACUUUCAAGGGAUGAAUGUUUUGAUCCUGCAUCGAAAACAGCUAAUCUUAAAGCUUUGUUUCCCUGUGGAGAUGAUCUGGUAUGCAUUAUAGAUGACAGAGAGGAUGUAUGGCAAGGAUGUGGAAAUUUGGUUCAAGUAAAACCUUAUCAUUUUUUCCGUCACACUGGUGAUAUACAUGCACCACCUGGACUAGAAAAAAAUGACAUAGCACAAACUGAUGGCUCAGUUUUACCCGAAGUACAAAAUACGAAUGAAUCUUGUAUUGAUGGUAACCAACGCGAAACCGAUGAAAACGGCGCUUCUGAAUUAUCGAGCGUAGUUACAACAGACAAUAGUUGCGAAAAAAAAAUUCAGGAAACGACAGAAGACAAAGAGAAUGUGCGCGAAUGUAAAGAUAAGAAAGAUGUAAAUACCAAAGAUGAUAUUACGAAAAAUACGGAUCAAAAUCUUAACUCUAGCGACGAAAACAAGGAUAACAUAAUAUUAGAAGGAAAAGAAGCCAAACUAUCGACAGAAUCGGCACAAGAUAAUAAAGAGGAAGAUACGAAAUAUAAUGAAAAUAAUGUUUUAGACGAAGAUGAUGAUGAUUAUUUAUUGUAUUUAGAAGAUAUUCUUCGAAGGAUUCACGCAGAAUUUUAUGCCAUUACGGAACAAGAAACAAGGCGCAGGUCAUUACGAGACAUCAUUCCCCGAGUGCGAGCACAAGUACUAAAAGGAGUACAUUUAACUUUUAGUGGAUUAAUACCUACUCAUCAGAAACUUCAUCAAAGUCGAGCAUAUAAAGUUGCCAGAGCGUUUGGAGCAGAAGUAUCACAAGAUUUAUCUGAUAAAACUACUCAUCUGGUAGCUAUUAAACCUGGCACAGCUAAAGCUAAUGCAGCUAAAAAAAAUGGAAAUAUAAAAAUUGUAAAUCCAGAUUGGCUUUGGACUUGUGCAGAACGUUGGGAACAUGUUGAUGAACGAUUAUUUCCACUUACUAUAAAGGCUCGUGCUUCUAGAAUACCACCUCCUCACUGUAGCAGCCCAGAACGUGUCGAAGAUCAAGAAAAGGGAAUCGAAAAUAAUUUCGCCGAUACUAUUAAUCCGCUAAUGUCAUUUACACCAGAAGAAAUAGAAAUUAUGGAUAAAGAAGUUGAAGAAGAUAUGGAUGAGCAAGAAAUGGAAGCACCUGUUUUUGAUGCAGAGGAUGCAGAUUGCGUAGAAGAAUGUGAUAACAAUGUUCGCGAUGGGGGUUCCGAUUCCGAGGAUUGUGAACAGUAUGACAUAUGCGAACCAAGGAGAAAGAGGAAGAAACUUUCCAAUGAAAGUUCUGAAGAUGAUGAUUCGAGUGGAAAAGAAGAUACAUUGGAUGAUGAUGACGAUGAUGAUCCUGUAACACGUUUUAGGAGAGGAGAAGAUUUACUUGAUGAUUUAGAUUUAGGUGAUAAUUCACAAGAUUCGGUCGAAGAUCUUGAAAUAAUGGACAACGAAGAUGACAGAGAAUGGAAUGCAAUGGGAGCUGCGCUUGAAAGGGAAUUUCUUUCUGAAUGAUUAAUUACAAAGCUGUUUUCUUGUUUUUAUGAAUUAAUUAAGUCAUCGCAUUAUUUGUAAAUUUCAAGUUGAGCAAUUUUAAUAAUAAUUACUAAUAAUAUUUAAAACAGUUAACACAUUUGUAGAAUUUUGGACAGAGUAGCUUAAUGUAAUUUUACUUUGAGUAAAAAAAAAUAAUAUACCACGUUCGUAAUGAAUGAUACAAAGAAAAUGUUUUGUAUUUAAUUAUUGAAUUUUAAAUAUAUAUGCACAAAAAUCAUA